AUGAAAGAUAGGCGUGCAAGUCCCAGCCCCCACUCUUCAGAGAGCGUUGACAAUUUUUCUGCACACUGGGACACAGGGCGUCUAUCUAGUGAAGAGGACACUGUGUAUGAUAGCGAUGUCAAGGCUUGUAUAGCUAGUGGACCUCCCCCUGCUCUCGCCCCAGCACCAAUCAACCCAUGGGCCUCAUUAACGUUGGAAGAAACGGUAGAAAUCCAGAGGUGGCUCGAGGACCCAGAACGAAACCUGAAUCUAACUCGUGGAGAUAUAGCCCGGUUAUCCGAUAAUUCCAUAUACAUGAUAGAAGUGUUCUAUCCUCCAAAGGCAGAAGUACUUGCCUACUUGACAUCUCCAUCUACAGCUGCGAUUCCGAGUAGAAACGCUCGCGUUACCAUUAAGCACGGUAGCCUUGCUGAACCAGUGGUCGUUGAUUACCUGGUUGGCCCACUUCCAGUGGGAUCCAGCACGGAAAUGACGAAACUUGUGGACAUUUACCACCGUGAUACUAUUCCUUUUAAUUCACGCGGGCCUGACGCGGGUUAUGAUUGGAAUGAGCUCCUUGGUGGAACUGGCGCUGGAUUACCGAACGACACACUCGUAACAGCAGGCAGUGGUCCGUUCAGUUUUGACGGCUCCUUUAGACGAUUAUGGAUUGGGUGGCGACGCAACACUGCAGGCCGUUAUCUACACCCCCUCAAUCUCUUUCAAUAUAUAGAUAUCAGCGGGACUGAUCCUUCCCAAUGGAAAUUAUUGAAAGUCGUCUACAACCACCAGAUAUUUGAAACCGUCGAAUCAUUCCUAGAGUCAUUUUACAAUGGCACACUCAAGCGUAUCCCGCCUAUCAAGGACGAAGACGUAGACCUGUCCUUCAGUACUAGAAAAAGAGUGGGUCCUCAACGGGACCUUGAUGACCUCCCAGGACCUCGAUCUUUGUCUUUCGCAGGGUUGAGGUACAGAGUCAACAGAGAAUUACAGUUCGUCAGCUGGAUGGGCUGGGGCUUGUACCUCGGAUUCGAUAGAGACAUGGGGCUCAGCUUGUGGGAUAUAAGAUUCCUCGGCGAACGAAUCAUUUAUCAGCUUGCGCCCCAAGAAGCACUGGCACAAUACGCUGGUAAUGACCCAUUCCAGUCAACAACAGCUUGGUUAGAUCGAUACUUCGGAAUGGGGAAAUCUGUUCGUGAUUUGCUUCCAGGAUAUGAUUGUCCCGAUGAAGCUACCUUCCUCCCUGCCUCGACGUUUACGGCAACAGGUACCUUCACCAGAGAAAAAGGAAUAUGCAUAUUUGAGCAUGAUACCGGACGUCCACUUACCAGGCACUUGGGCUACGACGAAGCAGAGUUUGGAGCCGUCAAAGGUUAUGAACUCGUGAUCAGAUCUAUCAGUACCGUCGGAAACUACGAUUAUCUGUUUGAUUAUAUAUUCCAUUUAGAUGGUACGAUUGAAGUUCGCCUAUCGGCCUCAGGAUAUCUUCAGGCAGCCUUCCACGACCCGACACAAGGAGGCUAUGGAAACAGAAUAUGGGAAACAACAAUGGGAAGUUUACAUGAUCAUGUCAUAAACUACAAGGUGGACCUCGACAUCGCCGGAUUAUCCAAUUCACUACUGAAAACGGAAUUGAGCCAAGAAGAGAUUACACAGCCCUGGUUCAACGAAGACUGGGGUAACACAGUCAUCCAGCAAAGAGUAACACGAGAAUAUAUCAGCAACGAGAGCGAUGCUAUGCUCAAUUUCCCAGUAAAUUUCCAAGGCGGUUACGCGAUUGUAAAUCAAGAAGAGACGAACAAGUGGGGAACUCCUCGUGGAUACGCCAUACAUCCGGGUUACUCUCCGAUUCACAAUACUGUUGUAGGAUCGAAAAGGCUUCUAAAUAACGCGAACUGGGCGCGUUAUAACCUCGCGGUAUCGCGUCAAAAGGAUUCCGAGCCGUCUUCCAGUAGCAUUUGGAACUUCAAUCUUCCAAAGGAGCCGGCGGUAGAUUUCCACAGGUUCUUCGACGGUGAAAAUAUCACCCAAGAGGAUCUGGUGGCCUGGGUUAAUGUCGGAAUGCAUCAUCUUCCACAAUCGGAAGAUGCACCAAACACCCGGACAAACACAGCCACCUCCAGCUUUUUCUUGACACCUCUAAACUAUUUCGACUACGAUGUCUCGAUUGACUCCACCAACGCUAUACUACUGAAAAAUCCUGCACGACCAGGUGAUCCAUUUACUUAUGAUAACUAUGGUGUCGAGCCAGCGUACUGUGUACCGCCGGCACCAGCACCUUUCGAGUACUCACCGGUUCAAAUAUUUGACUUGGAUGGCAAACUUUCACCGCCUGCGACGAUAGAGGAAAUGCGAAAGGAGGCAGAGGGAUAUCAUCGUAUCAAGCUGGAGUUGUAA